AUGUCGUCCACCAACCACCCCACGUCCACAGCACACCUCCCAGUCACCGACCUGAAGCGCAUGCUCUUCGCCUCCCACAUCGACCAGCUCUCCGACCUCCUAGACGUGCUCGACAGCCUGCUCUCUCCCUCCCUCGACUCCGCCCAACCUCUCUCAUCCUCCGACCAGACCGCAUUCCAAUCCUUCACCACCUCCAAACUCCCGGAACUCACAACCCAACUCAACAAGGCCAGCUCGCUAUACUCCGGCUUCGACAGCGCAGAGCAGAAAGCGCUCACGGCGGAGACGUUGAGACGGUUGGAGGUUUUCUUCAAGAUGGUGGAGGAGAUGGGCAAGAUCGACGGUGCUUCGGAUGAGGCGGUGGCGAGUGCGCAGGCUGUUGAGCAGGCGAAUCCGUUUGAAGGGAUUGUGCGGAUUGCGGAGGCGGCUGGGUUUACCGGUGGCGAGGCGGAAGGAGCGGAGGCGGAGGAGGAGGAGGAGGAGGAGGAGAAGUCGUGA